AUGACCGCAGCGGUCGCUCUGCCAGCUGGCCUCAUGGCUUCUGCCCUGUUCCAGAUCUGGGAAAACCCAUCAUUUAAUCGCCACGGAGCGAUUUCGGAGCGGAAAUCGUAUUGCUCUUCCAUCACCAUCCUGUCGUCCGAGUGGGUCUCGGCGUCCUCUCCGGGGGGCGCUAGCGAGGAGCUGAGCGAGGGAUUGGACAAGCCUCUGGAGAACGAUGCGGAGGGUGUGUGGAGUCCGGAUAUCGAGCAGAGCUUUCAGGAGGCGCUGGCGAUCUAUCCGCCCUGUGGCCGACGCAAGAUCAUUCUCUCCGAUGAGGGCAAGAUGUACGGACGGAAUGAGCUAAUUGCUCGGUACAUCAAGCUUCGAACGGGAAAGACACGGACCAGGAAACAGGUGUCCAGUCACAUCCAGGUGUUGGCGCGGCGGAAAGCUCGGGAAAUUCAGGUGAAACUCAAGGACCAGGCAGCCAAAGAUAAAGCGAUGCACAGCAUGACCAGCAUGUCGUCGGCCCAGAUCCUCUCAGCCACGGCCUUUCAGAACAAGAUGUGUCUCUCUCGACCGGCCUACCCGACAGCAGCUGGGUUCUGGCAUGGAUCUCUCGCAGGACAAACCGCAGGUCCUGAAGAUAUCAAGCCGUUUUCCCAACAGAACUUUAUCAUGCAAUCCACCGGGCCUCCGUCUAUAACAGGUUAUGAAAGCGCGACGGGUUUGUCGAUGUCCUCUAAUGCUCCGCCCUGGCAGGGUCGCAGUAUCGCCGGAUCCAAACUGCGCAUGCUGGAGUUCUCCGCUUUCCUCGAGCAACCGCAGGAUCCAGAGACUGUCAACAAACACCUGUUUGUUCACAUCGGGCAGUCCAACCCCACGUACAGCGACCCGUACCUCGAGGCCGUGGAUAUACGGCAGAUUUACGACAAAUUCCCAGAGAAGAAAGGAGGGCUGAAGGAGCUAUUUGAGAAGGGACCGCCCAACGCUUUCUUCCUCGUGAAGUUCUGGGCCGACCUGAGCAUCAACCUUCAGGACGACAGCAGCUUCUUCUACGGCGUAUCCAGCCAAUACGAGAGCGCCGAAAACAUGAUCAUCACCUCCUCCACUAAAGUCUGCUCGUUCGGGAAACAGGUGGUGGAAAAGGUGGAGACGGAGUACGCGCGCUUUGAGAGCGGCAGAUACGUGUUCAGGAUCCAUCGAUCACCGCUGUGUGAAUAUAUGAUCAACUUCAUCCAUAAACUCAAACAUCUACCAGAGAAAUACAUGAUGAACAGCGUACUUGAAAACUUCACCAUUCUGCAGGUUGUCACCAACCGAGACACUCUAGAAACCUUGCUAUGCAUCGCUUACGUGUUUGAGGUGUCCACCAGCGAGCACGGAGCCCAGCAUCACAUCUACAGACUGCUGAAAGACUGAGAGACACUGCAGUGCCACAGCGCCACCUACAGGCCAAAAGCCCUGCGCUUCUGCAGGAGACACGAGGACACAAGCGCAAAGCACUCUCUAAUAACACUGAUCAGAGAAAGAGAAUCUGCCGGAACCCUAAAUAUGAAUGUCAUGAC